AUGAAGAAUAAGCGAAAAUUCGAAGCAUGACGUUCUUCCAAUUGUUAGUGAGGUUUCUACUUGUGACCCUCGUGAAUCAGAUUCACGGGGUUGGGUCCGAGUGCAUCUGGAACGAACAGGUGGAAAUCCCCACGAUAGAUUGCCUGUUGCGGAUUCUGGAUUUCCGGCGGAACUCCUCGGAUGUGCCCGGAGUGAAACAAGUGCAGAACUUGAAUGUGGCGUGUUCGGAUGUGUUCUUCUUCGAAUCUCAGCUUCGGUCCGACCAUUUCGGUAAUCUGCCCCAUCUCAAGGAGCUUUCCAUUCGGUACUGCAAGAUCCGACAAUUGCCGCCCAGAAGCUUCGUCAGUCUGGCCCGACUCAAAACGCUCUCCAUCAAUACCUUCAAUGCCGAUUGGACGUCGUUGGUGCUUGAACCGGAUUAUGAGUCCUUCGUGGGUUUGGAUCUUCUGGAGAGCCUCGAUCUGACCAAUAAUAAUGUCCACAGCCUUCCUCCGGGUCUUUUCUGCCCCUUGUCCAAUUUGAGAAGCCUGAACCUAUCGCAAAACACACUGUUGGAUUCGGAGCAUUUGGGCUUAAAUGCCAGAGAAAAAGUCAAUUGUCAAAUUCCUCUUCAAACGCUCAUAUUGAGUCGCAAUGAGCUGAAGUCCAUAUCUCCGGGAUCUCUGACCAUUCUCACUCGGUUAAAGAGCCUGGAUCUUUCAUUUAACAAUCUAGGUGUCUUGAUGGACUCCACGUUCAAAGCCUUAGUCAAUCUCGAGAUAUUGGAUCUUUCUCACAAUCGUUUGGUGGCUCUCCCGCCCAACAUUUUUGGGUCCACCGUCAAGCUAAGAGAGAUUCAUUUAGCCAAUAACACCAUCGGGACCAUCAAUUUGGAUGCGUUUCAUAAUCUGACCAAUCUCCAGGUGCUAAACUUGUCGGGAAAUAGUCUCGAUGAGAACUGGAUUAAACCCGGGAUCUUUCAAGGUCUAUUUCAUUUGAUCAUUUUGGAUUUGUCGUCCAAUCACAUCUCCAGAAUCGAUACUCAACUUUUCACGGAUCUCAGUGCUUUGCAAGUGUUGAACCUGGCUUUCAACAAUAUUCACACCAUCUCUUCGAAUUCGUUUGUCAAUCAAGCGAAUCUUCACAUCUUGCUCAUAUCCCAUAAUGAGUUGGAAGCCCUUCAUUACCAUACUUUGAGUGGGUUGACCGUUUUGGACUCAUUAACAUUGGACCACAACAAACUUCACUCAAUCGAUAAGACCGCUUUGAAGAAUUGCACCAAUCUCAAGAGUAUCUCGGUUAACCAUAACUUUUUGACACAGGUUCCAGAGGCUUUUCACCACCAAUCAUCAUUGCAAUCCAUUGAUUUGAGCUCAAAUGUGAUCGGAGUCCUGAAGCGAGAAUCCCUGCAAACCUUACCAAAUCUGAUCACAUUUAAGAUCGCCAGAAAUGAGCUCAGCCGAAUCGGCGAUGGAUCUUUCUUGGAAUGCCCAAAUCUUCAUAACUUAGAUUUAAGUGGCAACAGAUUAGAUCAACUGAAACAAGACACCUUCAAAGAUCUUCGAAAUUUGACUGCACUUAACUUAGCUGAGAACCAACUGCAAGAUAUCAAUGGGUUGUUACAGAAUCAGGCCAGUUUGAAAUGGCUCAAUAUGUCGAGUAAUCGUUUGGCUUGGUUUGAUUACGCCUUCGUUCCACCCAGUGUCGAGAUCUUGGACAUCAAACGCAAUCAAAUCGAUAUCUUAGGCAAUUACUACAACCUGAUGGACAAUUACGCUAUCAAGUACAUGGAUGCCAGCUUUAACAGAAUUGUAGGCAUCGAGCCCAAUUCCAUCUUGCCCAACAUGGAACAUACAGUGCUUAACGACAAUUUGAUCUCCAAAGUGGCCCCAAACACUUUUGUGGGCAAAAGCUACAUAUCACAAGUGCAUCUAGAACGCAACGAGUUAUCUACCUUAUCAAUGGCUUCAAUGAUGAUUUCACCCGUUAAAAAUAUUCCAAUGUUUUACGUGGCUGAAAACCCCUUCGUGUGCAAUUGCCAUCUCCAAUGGUUCAAAAAUAUCAAUACAAGGCUCAACCAAUUUCCUCAAGUAAUGGAUAUGGACAGGGUUAAGUGCUCUCUAAUGAACCACACGGGGGUUGUGGUUCAAAGCUACCUCACACAAGUCAAGGACGAUGGAUUCUUGUGUCAAUACGAGACCCAUUGUCUCCCACAAUGCAUGUGUUGCGAUUUUUUUGCCUGUGAUUGUCAGAUGAAAUGUCCCACAGGAUGUACUUGUUAUCACGAUCAGACCUGGUCUGCCAAUAUAAUCCAGUGCUCCAACAAGGGACAUUCCAAGUUGCCUUCCUUCAUUCCAAUGGACACAACUGCUCUGUACUUGGACGGAAAUAAUCUCACCGAACUGAAGAAUGGGUUCCUCCUUGGCCGAAGCCGAUUGAAGAAAUUGUCCCUAAGAGGAAGUGCCGUAUCUAAGAUCUCAAAUCAAAGCUUUAUCGGGCUUCACGACCUCCAGGUCUUGGACCUAAGUGAAAACCAGUUGAAGGGUUUACAUGGCUAUGAGUUCAAUGAUCUCAGCUCACUCCGUGAACUCUACCUCCAACGCAAUCAGCUUGUGUCCAUCGUGUCCGAGGCGUUCAAGGCUUUGAAGUAUUUAACAGUUUUAAGAUUGGAUGGAAACCUCCUGAUAUCAUUCCCAAUUUGGGAGUUAAGCUCGAACCCAAAUCUGAACCAUCUCACCUUGGCGAAUAACUGGUGGCAAUGCGAUUGUGACUUUGUCCGAAAGUUCCGAAUGUUCAUUGAUGGAAACUUCGAUAUAAUCCCCGAUGCCAAAGAGAUCACUUGCACCUCAAGUGAAACGAGUCUGGCGCAACUGAAUGAAUGCUCUGGGAUCUUGGGAGGAAGCGGGUUUCACUUUGAAGAGUCAUUGGGAUCCAGGACCAUACCACUGAUCAUCGGGUUGUGUCUUCUAGUACUGAUAUUAAUCGUAUCGGGAUGUGCCGUGUGGAAGUUGAGAGAACAUUGUCUUGUGUGGCUCCAUGCUAACCACGGGAUUCGAAUCAGUUCUAGGACAAAAGGGGAUCCUCUGGAACCAACCAAGGAGACGCUCUUUGAUGCUUUGGUCCUCCAUAGCAUCAAGGAUGAGAAACUUGUCACUGAUGAACUUGUGAAGCAAUUAGAACCGUCAUACCGGGUCUGCGUCAAUCAUCGAGAUCUUUCUGGGAUAUAUGCCUCGGAGGCUUUCAAAUCGGCAAUCAGCGCCUCAUCUCGGCAAUUCGUGUUUCUAUCGCAAGGGUUCCUAGCCUCUGAAUGGGACUACGUCAAGGAAAUUGUUUUACACAACUGUAUUAUCAUAAUCGGCAACGAUCUGUCCAAGGAAGAUAUGCGAUCUCGGCCAGAUGUCACCAGCUUCAUACAAUCAUCUAAAAAGGUUUUAAAGUGGAACGAUCCCUCAAUUUGGAGAAAGAUUCGAUUCUAUCUUCCCGAUCCAAGCAAGCCCAAAACCAAAAUGGGUGGUGCUGAGCUGGACACGUCCGGAGUUUGGACGUAUACAUCCUUAGAUGGGAUCAACGAUUCUGGAGUGUCCAGCACUCAUCUCCUGGCGUCUAAAUCACCGUCAUUGGCACUUGACACUGCCAUGCCCAAUCCCAACGUGUUAUCCUUUCCAGCACCACCAAUCCGAAAGCAACCGCAUCAAUGUUCCACUCACUAUCUGGCCGGAGCGCCGUCCUCACCCCGGACAUCUCAUCCAGCCACGAGAUCUUGUGGGAUCAAUGUGGUUCAUCAGCGAUCCUCUUCCGCCAUUGUCGAUGGAAUGCCAUCAUCUGUCAAACACGAGCGUUCCAAAUCGCAAGCAGUGUCCACAUACUUUUUGCCCGAUUUCCAACCGGAUGCCCUUCCUCCAACCCCUCCUCCCAAAUUGAAGAACCGGAACAGUAUUUACAACACUCCAUCGUCUUCCUCUUUCCUCCGACAAUUGGUGUCUCAAUCGACAAAUUCUGAGCUCAUGCAACAACUACCUCACGUUUUUAACCAAAUGGAUUACCCUAAUACGGAAUCGAGCUCAAGCUUAGCUAUGAUUCCUCUCAGAGCCUCUCCCAUUGGAGGGAACGCCCAACCACAGUCUCGAAAUCAUCAUGGAAGAUCCGUAUCCAUGUUGGACCCGUCGGCCAACUAUCAAACGCCUUUACACCCUAGCAAAUCUCAAAAUAUCUACGCCAAACACGCUCGAUCGUCCUCGACCCUCUCACCGGUUCAAGCCACGGCCAGACACAUUCACCACCGGUCCGGUUCCUCCAAGGGGGGUGGGGUCAGCCGAACAUCCUCAAUGCUCCUCCCUAAUUGUCACUCGCAAGGGCACCUCAGUGGCUUGCCCACUCAACACCAUCACUUUCAAGUUCAAGGGGUGGACCGGUCGCCGAGACCACGGGUGUUGAGGCACCACAAAUCUACGACUAACAUUUAUGGCGCUGAAAGCUCUCAGGGUCGCCAUCACCGCUCGUCGUCAACACCACACGAGGGAUUUGUUUUGUAGUUUUUGUUCGGAAAUGGCAUUACCGACCCUAAGAACAAAGGCUCAACAUUGAGAAACUCCAAGUAUACAAACAUUCGUUGUCAGAUAUUUGAAUCAAAACGCAAAGAAUACAAGAAUAUGAAGAAAUUUUGUAUGUUGGGCUUUUUUCCAGUUUUCAUGCAACUGCCUGAGGCUGAGCAAGGGCUGGGGAGUGAAGCAUCAUCUCGUUUUUAUUUAUCUUUGAGUGAC